GCUUUAAAUCUGCUAAAACCUGAUGGAGCUCAUAAAUGGAGAAGUGCCAGUUCUGGUGAAAAAUCAGUUUCAGCUGUCAUACAGUUUGAGAAGUCAUCUCAGAUACAAUGUAUAGAUAUUGGUAAUGAAGGUUCAGGGUUUAUAGAAAUAUUGGUGGGGAAAUCUACAGCAGUUUCAGAUCAAGAUUAUCAGGUA